UGGCUUUUCUAGUGCCAGGGGAGGAGAGAAAGAAAGCGACAAGGAAGCCAAGGGUUGUCUUCGUUCCGGCCAAGUGGAUCUGAUCGAUGGCCCUCCCCACUUUAUUACGAUAUUUGGUUUAGUAAAAAUGCCCCCCUCGUCCGUGUGGGGCGCGCACGCACACACACAGACACACACACGCGCGCACACACGGCUCUGGCUCGCGUUCCUCCCUCGUUUCCAGCUCCUGGGCGAAUCCCACAUCUGUUUCAACUCUCCGCCGAGGGCGAGCGGGAGCGAGUGUGUGUCGGUUGUGAGUCAGGAGGGAAGAAGGGAAAGGAUAAGAUCUCCAAGAGGAGCACCAGGUCAGCCGAAAGCUAAGAUGGUGCCCCCCAGCCUGCUGCUCUGCCUGCUGUCCGCAACGGUCUUCUCCCUGCUAGGCGGGGGCUCAGCAUUCCUGUCCCACCACCGCCUCAAGGGCCGCUUCCAGAGGGACCGCAGGAACAUCCGGCCCAACAUCAUCCUGGUGCUGACCGACGACCAGGACGUGGAGCUGGGCUCCAUGCAGGUGAUGAACAAGACGCGACGAAUCAUGGAGCAGGGCGGGGCCCACUUCAUCAAUGCCUUCGUGACCACACCCAUGUGCUGCCCCUCGAGAUCCUCCAUCCUCACCGGCAAAUACGUCCACAACCACAACACCUACACCAACAACGAGAACUGCUCCUCGCCCUCCUGGCAGGCGCAGCACGAGAGCCGCACCUUCGCCAUGUACCUCAACAGCACCGGCUACAGGACAGCUUUCUUCGGGAAGUACCUCAAUGAGUACAACGGCUCCUACGUGCCGCCCGGCUGGAAGGAGUGGGUCGGACUCCUCAAAAACUCCCGCUUUUACAACUACACGCUGUGUCGGAAUGGGGUGAAGGAGAAGCAUGGCUUCGACUACUCCAAGGAUUACCUCACAGACCUCAUCACCAACGACAGCGUGAGCUUCUUCCGCACGUCUAAGAAGAUGUACCCACACAGGCCGGUCCUGAUGGUCAUCAGCCACGCAGCCCCUCACGGCCCUGAGGACUCGGCUCCCCAGUACUCACACCUCUUCCCCAACUCGUCCCAGCACAUCACACCGAGCUACAACUACGCGCCCAACCCGGACAAGCACUGGAUCAUGCGCUACACUGGGCCCAUGAAGCCCAUCCACAUGGAGUUCACCAACAUGCUGCAGCGGAAACGCCUGCAGACCCUCCUGUCCGUGGACGACUCCAUGGAGACGAUUUACAACAUGCUGUUGGAGACAGGAGAGCUGGACAACACCUACAUCGUCUACACCGCUGACCACGGCUACCACAUCGGCCAGUUUGGCCUGGUGAAAGGGAAGUCCAUGCCAUACGAGUUCGAUAUCCGGGUCCCAUUCUAUGUGAGGGGCCCCAACGUGGAGGCUGGCUCUCUGAAUCCCCACAUCGUCCUCAACAUUGACCUGGCCCCCACCAUCCUGGACAUCGCCGGCCUGGACAUCCCCACAGACAUGGAUGGGAAAUCCAUCCUCAAGCUGCUGGACAUGGAGCGGCCAGUGAACCGGUUUCACUUGAAAAAGAAGAUGAGGGUCUGGCGGGACUCCUUCUUGGUGGAGAGAGGCAAACUGCUCCACAAGAGGGACAGCAGCAAGGUGGAUGCCCAGGAGAACUUCCUACCCAAGUUCCAGCGUGUGAAGGACCUGUGUCAGCGCGCCGAGUUCCAGACAGCGUGUGAGCAGCUGGGGCAGAAGUGGCAGUGCGUGGAGGAUGCCUCGGGGAAGCUGAAGCUACACAAGUGCAAGGGCCCUGUGCGGCUCAGCGGCAGCAGUGACAGAGCCCUUUCCAACCUCGUGCCCAAGUACUACGGGCAGGGCAGCGAAGCCUGCACCUGUGAACAUGGGGACUACAAGCUGGGCCUGGCUGGACGGCGGAAGAAGCUCUUCAAGAAGAAGUACAAGGCCAGCUAUGCCCGUAAUCGUUCUGUCCGCUCUGUGGCCAUUGAGGUAGACGGCGAGGUAUACCACGUAGGCCUGGAUGAUGCACCCCAGACCCACAACCUUACCAAGCGGCACUGGCAGGGGGCCCUGGAGGACCAAGAAGACAAGGACAGUGAGGGCUUCAGUGGCACCGGAGGCCUUCCAGACUACUCAGCCCCCAACCCCAUUAAAGUGACUCAUAGGUGCUACAUCCUGGAAAAUGACACUGUCCAGUGUGACCUGGACCUGUACAAGUCCCUGCAGGCCUGGAAAGACCACAAGCUACACAUCGACCAUGAGAUCGAAACCCUACAGAACAAAAUUAAGAACCUCAGGGAAGUCCGAGGUCACCUGAAGAAAAAGCGCCCAGAAGAAUGUGAUUGCCACAAAAUUAGCUACGACACUCAACACAAAGGCCGCCUCAAGCACAAAGGCUCCAGUCUGCAUCCUUUCAGGAAGGGUCUGCAGGAGAAGGACAAGGUGUGGCUGCUUCGGGAACAGAAGCGCAAGAAGAAACUUCGAAAGCUGCUCAAGCGUCUGCAGAACAAUGACACAUGCAGCAUGCCAGGCCUCACAUGCUUCACCCAUGACAACAAGCACUGGCAAACAGCACCUUUCUGGACACUGGGGCCUUUCUGUGCCUGCACCAGUGCCAACAAUAACACAUACUGGUGCAUGAGGACAAUCAACGAGACCCAUAACUUCCUCUUCUGUGAAUUUGCAACUGGCUUCCUGGAGUAUUUUGACCUCAACACAGACCCCUACCAGCUGAUGAAUGCAGUGAACACACUGGACAGGGAUGUCCUCAAUCAGCUACAUGUGCAGCUCAUGGAGCUAAGGAGCUGCAAGGGUUACAAGCAAUGUAACCCCCGGACUCGGAACAUGGACUUGGGACUUAAAGAUGGAGGAAGCUAUGAGCAAUACAGGCAGUUUCAGCGUCGAAAAUGGCCAGAAAUGAAGAGACCAUCUUCCAAAUCACUGGGACAACUGUGGGAAGGCUGGGAAGGUUAAGAAGCAACAAGCAGGGAUCUCCAAAACCAGAGGCUUCACCUGACUCUAACAGGCCAUGAAGAACCAACCACAAAACUGAUUCCUAACUGACCUGUGAUACAGGCCAGGAGGUCUGAGAGAGACAGAACUGCUUUUGCAAAUUCUGGAGGACAACCAUUAGAAGCAGAGAACUUCAGAAAGUCCAUUUUGCCCCUGCUUUGCUUUGGAUUAUACCUCACCAGCUGCACAAAAUGCAUUUUCAUAUCAAAAAGUCACCACUAACCUUCUCUGAAAAGCUCACAAGAAAAAAGAACAGAUUUUCAUGAAAACUUACCCAGAGGUGAAAGUCGCUGGAAUUUUUUUAAAUCAUAGGGGAAGAGAAACAGUCCUGUUUAAAUCCUCUUUUUCUUUUGAUUCAUCACAAAGAAGGAAUUAAGCAGGAUGGGCAACUUGCAGAUGCUGAAAACUGCAGUUAUACAGUGAGUCAAUAGCACAAAACAGUGACAGGGUUACAAGCACUGUAACCCUGGUUGCCUCUGAAGAAACUGCCUUCCUUGUAUAUAUAAUGUGACUAUUUACCUGUAACCGACAUGGGGACUUUUAGGGGAAUCUGACUAAUGAGAAAUCCCAAUUUUUCAAGAGUGGUGGUGUCAAUAAACGCUCUGUGGCCAGUGUUAAAGAAAAUCCCA